UUGUGGCCGCCCGCUGCACCACCGCCAGCCGCUGCCUCUCUUAACUCAGUACCCCUCGCAUUGGAGGUUUUCUUUAACGCUAAGUAACCAACCCUGGCGGUGGUUCAGCGGUAACCAAUGUGUUUCAAGACAAGGUAAGGAAGUGCUAUUGUUUUUGCAUCAUGCACACAACCUCUCCGCCGCUGGAGUCGCGGGGAGGUCUGUGUGUGUGUAGCAAUUAUGUAGUCGUGAACAGAAGCCCAGCCCCAGUCAGACCAAUGCCAAAGCCGGAGAGGAGAGCGAGGGGAACGGAACAGCCUCGGAAAAAAAAACAUUGUGCAGCUCAUCCUCGUCAAGCAUCAGGAUAACAGAUGAAAACCAACACUCGUACAUAGAACUGACAACUACGUACGUUCAAAUCGACCUAAUUAACACUUACAGGUUCAUUGCUACUCUUGGAACACCUGUCACUACUACAAGGACAAUAGAAAAAUUCAAACCUUACAGAUCAUUUAUUUAAACUUAGAGAGAAUUUCAGUUUCAAUCGGCACAGCCCAUCCCUCGAGAGGACGUGAUUGGCACAAGUUUUCAUUGAUUCACUCCACAGAAGUUCCUGGACAGACUCGCCUGCUUAUACGCGCAUUAAACAAGCAUCUGUGAUGGUGUUCAUUGGCCGCUGGUGGCGCAAAAGUGUAUGAAUUUAAGUAAAGCGAAACAAAGUUCAAUAAAGUAACCGACGACAACGACAGAACCGCUGCCAUCUCUGUCGGUGCUCCGGAACGUAACACCAAGAAGAAGCAUCACGUGUAGGAUCACCGCCUGUGUCCAUGAUUAUCACCCACUCGCUGUCGCCAGGCGGCCUCAUUGACGCCAUAUUUCUUAGUGAGGGUAAAAAACAUUCCCUCCACCACAGCGCCGCGCCCCACCGCCACCUCUCCCGGCCACCUCGAGGAUCGAAAUGAAGAAAAGGGGUUGGGAACAGCCUUUAUAAACGAGUCUGAUUUAGAACAGCGUGCUCUGCCCCGCCCAGGUCCGCCCCGCCCCCAUGCCAUUCACACCCAUACUUGAUACCCAGUGGGCGCCUCUCGGCCGUGAUUGAAAGGGGUAUUAAGCGUUAGUAUUCAUGAACUCAAUGCCAGCACAACAGUUAAAAAGGCUUUCAAGUAAUACUGCAGAGGUGAACAGUAGCAAUUUACCUUCCCUUGGUCCACCGGCAUAUAGCUACACGCACGUGUCUGGCAAUUUGUGACACCCAAGAUUGCAGGAGAUUAUUUUCCUUCAAGACCAAGGGAACAAUGAGCUGCUCCGGUUGGUUCCCUCUCUAUCCCAUGGGCCGCCGACAAGCCUGUACCCCUGCAGCACCCCUCGCCGCCGCUGAGGGAAGGACAAGGACAAAAGUGUUCUCCUGCGGGAAGUGGCAGCUUUAGAGGCCCCCUGGUGGGCGGGCCGCCGGCGCCCCUCCUCCAGCCGGGCCGCUGAGUCAUGGCGGCCCGAGAGUGUUUGACCAACGGUGUCUGAGACCAACGAGGAAAAUUCGUGCGUCUGAGCGCCCUUACAGCCCCUGAAGAAUAGGGCGAUUACACCCGGAGCAGCGAGGUCCCUCUAGCCUGCAGGCUUGCUGCUCAUGUCUGGUGGAGGGAGGAGUGAGAGGGUCAGCAAGGCGCCUCUCCCUCCCUCCGCCCCCCCUUCCUGCAGGGCCACAGUUGUUGACCAAGUGAGGUUGAUUUUUUCAGCCCAACGAUUUCUUCUUAUCUAGCGCACUAGGUCUUCCCCCUCAGCGCCCCCGCGCCCUGACGUCACGAACUCUUCCACAUAUAAAAGGCCGCCUUGGCAGAAUGAAGGCACAGCAUCGUCUGGGCCAAGACUCCUGCAGGCCACGCGUCACCACCAAGUGAAGCAGUGCACCGCGGCCCUAAAGCUCCCUCGUAGAUCACUUAACACUUGACCUUUAUAAUCCCGAGCGGCGACAUGCUCCGCACAGUACUGGGAUGCCUGCUAGUGGCGAGCCUCGCCCUGGCGGCGGAGGCGGAGGACCUCGACGUGGACGACGGCCUUGUUUACGAUGACGAAGGACGCCUCUUGGUGGUUACCAUGGGCACCGGCGCCACUACAACCGCUUUUAAUUUGUCGAGCAUCUUGAAUCUACUCAACCCGUUGAACCUCCCCCCCGCCGCCCUCGCAGCCCUCUUAAGUCUCGCCACUAUUGGUGCCGCCACCGCUAUCAGCAUCGCUGUUCCCCUCGGUGUCUUGCACCAUCACGGCUACUGUGGCUCUGGCUCUGGCUCCGGCAGUGGCUAUGGUUCAGGCUCAGGUUCAGACUCAUCCUACGGUAACAGUGGAGGAUACUCGUCCUACUCGUCGUACAGACGGUCCUUCGACCCCUACGCCAUCGACUGGGAGAAGUUCUCCAUCAUCGACUGGAUUGCUAUCGGAGAGGAGGCCUGGAGGAAGUUCGACCCUGCUGACCUGGAGUGCCAGAAGCGCCUCAUCUGCGAAAUUCACCAAAACACCUCCCGCUUUGGGGUUCCAGCAGCUCGCCUUGUCGAUCUGUUCAGCUACCUGCAGUACGCCGAGGUUCUCUCUCUCCCUGACGAGAUAAAGGCGUUGAUCGAGGAGUAUAACGACGCGGCAGACCGGGGCCGAAGCAUUCAAAAAGACUGCGGGGAUGUUUACACCACUUGUGACUUCUCUGUGAAGCAGAUAAUGGAAAAAUACUCGCAUAAUGAAAUCUAGGGCUUCUAGAGAGGGUCAAGCGCCUCAUGACCUCGGCUGGAGACUCCUCGGGCAGCGACCAGCCGAUGAGUCCGUAAGGGUCCCAGAGUGAAGGCGUCAAAUGGCCCUCAGUAUCGAUCCGACCUUGGAAGGGGUAGGACGCUCAUUCCUUCUCCCUCGACCUGCAACUCGUCAUGAUUUCGUUCAGUUUAUUGUUGUUUUUAUUGCUUAAUUGUAUUUAAAUCUUGUUGUUGAAUUGUUUUAAGGUAAUUUAUUGACUGUGCUGACUGCCGCUACUGCCCCACUGAACCACCGCCAUAGACACAGGACGCGCCUCACCCGGCCCCCGACGCUGGACCCCGAGCCACGCCACGCCCGCGGACACCCGCCGCCCGACGUGACGCCCCCAUUUGUAAAUAUGACGCCAACUCUUGACAUAAACGUGCUCAUGUGACUUCCUGACUUUAACUGACUUUUAGACGCCAAACCUCUCUCUUGCUAACACUGCUGACUGACUAAUUGACUGACUGACUGAAUGACUGACUGACUAAUGGAUUGACUGCCAGACUGGGUGAUGCAAUAGCUACUAGUACUGACGCCGCUGCUGCUGACACUUGACUGCUGACUGACUGACUAAUGAGUAACAGUGUAACCUUGAGGACAUUAUUUCUUCUCAGACGAUGACGAAACACUCGCUGGCAAACGCAAAACUACUCCCAAGCAACACACAACACAACAGUAACACACACACACACACACACACACACACACACACACACACACACACACACACACACACACACUAACACCCCUUAACUCACCAGACACUUGACUCAACGACGAACAACACAUGACUCACUGACUACCUUACCGACUAUGACCAUAUGACUAACUGACUGACUAACUGACCGACACAUUUCAUUCACCUGACCUUCUCAUGACUGUAGAAAAGGAAAUAUAUACCUGUACAGACUGUGAAUAAUGUAUAGACGGAUUUUACGCUUUCUUUUUAUAAUAAAUACGACUAUCUGUGCCCUUCGAAGGACAUUUUCGGGGGGGACAUGACCAAAUAAUUGCCUCAGGACUUGACCACUCGACACCUUGUUAUAUAGUGUAGGACUCCCCUCUCCCCUCACUCCGACUCCCCCUCCACCCAUCCACUCCCUUCACCCCAUCUCCUCCUCCUUCUCCUUCUCCCACCACCCCCAUCACCACCUAUUUCGCAAAUGUUAUUUAUUUCGCAACUGGGAAAAAAAGUAAUAUGUUCGAGUGUACAUGUUUGCAACUCGCUUUUUUUUUUUUGUUUCCCUGUUUUGUUUGUUAAGUAAAUGUUGUUAUGUUAUUGUUGCCUUAGUGAUUAUGAUGAUUGCUGUACAUAAUUCUCUGGUAAUAUUUUUUUUUUUUUUAUCUUCACCAUGAUGAAUAUCCAAACGUUGUGGGUUCCGGAGUUUAUUAAGUUAUACAAUAAAUUAUUUUCAGUUCAUGAA